UUCCUCUUCACCAUUAAACUUCUUCAAUUUCUCUUCACCAUUAAAUCUCUGCAAAUCCUCUUCACCAUUAACCUUCUCCAAAUCAUCUUCGCCAUUAAAUCUCUGCAAAUCCUCUUCACCAUUAAACUUCUGCAGAUAUGACACCAUUAAAGACCUGCAAAUCAUUGCUCACCAUUGUUAUAUGUCUCAUAUCCAUAACUUUCAUCACAUGCCAGCAGAUCCCUGAACCAGUUUCAGGCCUUGCAUAUGGGUUUUAUAAAAGCUCUUGUCCCAGAGCAGAAGAGAUCGUUAGAGAAGAACUGGGCUAUUUCCUGAACAACAAUAUUACCUCAGUGGGAGGAUUUCUUCGCAUUCCAUACCAUGAUUGUUUUGUUCAGGGAUGUGAUGCAUCUAUUCUUAUAAAUGCAACAGACGGAGAGCUGAGCAGUCUUCCAAAUCAAAGUCUCCGUCCAGAGGUGUUGCAGGAAAUAGAAAAGAUCAAAGAGAAAGUAGAAGCAGCAUGUCCAAAUACAGUUUCAUGUGCAGAUAUUGUUGUUCUUGCAGGGCGAGACUCUGUUCACUUAAGCAAGGGGCCAUAUUUCGAAGUCCCAACAGGGCGUCGAGAUAGUUUAAACUACGUUCUGGGUAGUGACAUUACUAGUGCGCAGCUUCCCCCACCCAACUCCACUGUCACUCAGCUCAUUACACGUUUCGUACUCAAUGGUCUUUCUGGAGUAGACUUGGUCGCUUUGUCAGGAGCUCACAGUGUGGGAACAGCCCACUGCAGUGCCUUCGUCAAUUCUCUAUUCCCUAUAUCAAACAGACUUGCAUCUUCCUUUGCUCAGGAAUUGCUACAGAUAUGUCCAAACCAGCAGAGCAAUAGCUUAACAGUCAUGGACAAGGCGACUCCUUUUGUGUUCGACAACAAAUACUUCAUCAAUCUGGUGGAAGGGCAAGUGUUGUUUGAUUCAGACACUGCUCUUCUCCAAAACUCACAGACUUCCAGUGCAGUUAAGAGUUUUGCAGAUGACCAACAAGAGUUUUUCAACCAAUUUGCAGAGUCAUACAUUAAGAUGUCAAUGAUGAAUGUGAAAACUGGGUCUACAGGUGACAUCAGGAAAGUGUGCUCCCUUCUCAAUUCAGAGUCGACAAAUCACAAGAAUUUGACUGGUUCUGUGAACAUGAUGUAUGCAGCAACAGAUACCAUACGUACUGCCUCAUGAGUGUAGAAAUGCUUUAGAGCGAGCUCAGUUAUUGCAUUCCAUCCUUUUGCUGUAUGUUAGAAUAUAUUACAGUAGAGAAUUCUUGUUGUAGGAUAUGCUUUCCUUUGUAUUCUAAGGAUACAUCCAAAUUGAUGUUUGUUCAACUCUUGAUAUUCAAUCAAUCGUAUUUUUAAUUUACAA